AUGGGUAAACUAGACAUAGUUAAACACACAUUCAACUAUGCAAUCGUCAACAAAUCUUCCAACAUGAUAUGUUCAGGAUAUCAACAAUCCAGUUUAAUCCCAUCCUUAACUCAAGAAUUCCAACAGCGUAAUCCGGAAAUGACAUUUGAUCCUGCACAAUUCCGAAUAUGUCAGAGAUUAGAUCGAUUCGUUACUGGUGGACUAAUCGUGGCCAGAAAUAGAAAAUGGGCUGAUAAGAUAAGACGAGUACUAGGUGGAAAAUCUCAGAGUAUGAAGUUAACUCGACGAUAUGUUGGUUUGAUUUUUGGACACGAUUCAUUGACGAGUGGAGUAAUCAACUACGAUAUUCAAGCCUUGGAAAAGGAUUACAGAGGGAAACCUGUUUCUCCCCGGCAACUAAACACAUACCCAGCGCUAACUAGAUUCAAACUACUUACAAAUCUAACACGAGAUCCAACACCCGAGAAUAUCCUCCAAUAUCCUGACCUCUUCGAUAAUAUCCAACUCAUGCCAAUAAUAUUUGAAUUGCACACCGGAAGAAAGAAUCAGAUUCGAGACCAUGUGAUUCAGGCAUUCAAAACUCCAUUGCUUAAUGAUGAUCAAUUCAUUCAAUUUAAAAUGCAAUCUGAAACAGGCAUUUUUGCAAAUAGUACCAAAUUCAUACAUAAUCAAAUUGGUCUACACUCUGCAAUUUUACUGAUGGAAACUAAUAAAGGCAAAGAGGAUUUUGUGUUUCCAAUAGUAGCGCAAAAAGACCGUAUACUAUGGCAAGGUUUUGUUGACGACAAUGGUAUUUUACUUCCAGAAAUUAUAAAAGAAUUGAAGUUAUUUACACACUAG